GGCGAGAAGAAGGCGAUGCUGAGGAAACCGAGCUUUUGAUUAAAAUUUAUUUUACAGGAAGCCAGUGAAGCUGUUGGAGGACAGGAGUAAUAUGUUCUACAGAAGGGGUUCUAAUAAUGAUACAAGCACAUUUGAGCCAGUUGAAGUCUAUGGAGAAGUUUGUGUGGCCUUUUGAUAGCUGAAGAAUCAAAGCUCUGCAGACAGAGAGGGAGCUAAGUUGCUCUGUUAGGGAUGAGAUGGAGCAGUCCAUUAACAGCUUGUACACAGGACCCCUGUCACGGGAUGCUCAGAAGGUCUUGGCUGUUCUGCGGGCCCAAAGUCUGCGGGGAGCCACAUACAACCAAAACUACUCCAGUAAUCACAGGCAAAGUCAGUCAGCAGUGCAGAGAGAUAACUGCAGCCAGGGGGAGUCUUGGGCUGAGAGCAGCUGGAGUCAGGUGGACAGGAGCGAGAGAUACGCAUAUCAGCCCCAGGUGUCCUCCCUUUCCACCUCUCACCAUAACUCCUCCAGUCAGAAGCAGAGCUCUCAGACCUUGGCUAUCCAUCAGUACUCACAGAUACCAGACAGUUCCCUGUCAUCUCAGGCUUCCUGUUCUUCCUCCUCCUGCUGGGAUUUCUCUCUCCAAAUGCAGACUGAAGCCUAUUAUCAGUACUCACAGACUUAUUCCCACAGAAAGUGCUUUGAACCCCCAGCUUACAAGUCCAGCCAGUCUCUGUCAUUUUCUCAGCACGAAGUUCCUGAGACAGCAGAAACUUUCUGUCACAGAGACAGAUACACCCUCUCCCUCCAAGUACCAGAGAGGAUCUCUGAACAUCAAGCUACACCUGGGAGAAACUCAACCAAAGAAAUCAGGCCAUCUUUCAUCUUUAAUAUAUUUCCAGACGAGGAAGAUCCUGAUGUUCUGUUCCCAACAACAGAACAGCCUAAUUCUCAUAAAGAGGCGCCUGCUGUGGUUUGUCACCCAGUAUCGCCCUACCUUAAAAUAUGUGAAGGGAGAGAUAACAACACGUCAGGUUCACAGAGAGAAAAGGCUGGUAAAGAAAGCUGGCAUGUUGCCAGAAAAGAACUACAAGACACUCCAGCUCCAGGAAGUCGAUUAAAAUGGAAACAGCCUCUAUCUGACCCCACUGAAGCGGGCGCUAGUGGAGCAGAAGACGGCGGCAUGCUAUACCAGCAGUCAGAGCCUGAAUCAAUCAAAAAUGGAAGGGCACAUCUACCUCCCAGUGAUGUUAUUAGAAGACAGGAGAAUGGCUGUGAUGCACAUUCACCCAAACUGAUGAGAAACAUCGUUGGGGAGGAAGAUAUGCUGAUCGCAGAUUCAGAACAUAUCACUGAUCUUGGAACCAGACAAAUUUCAAACAUAGGCCAUGAAACGCAAAACGUAGUAAAUGAAGCUACAAGGAAAGCGAGAGGAAAUCAGGAUAUGAGCGUUCUUCAUGGGAAAGGAUCAGCCAGUGAAAUGGAACAAACUUUGCCUUUGAAAACCAGUGAGGACGCUGCAGUUAAAAGACAUUUGAACUCAUUAGACCUCACAGACAAUACUGUUGACAGUGGCACUAGAGGAGAAACGUGUGGGGAGGAUAAAGAAAAUUAUUUAAAAUAUAGAGUCAGUACAUCUGAAGUCAAAGAAGCUGAACAUUCAUGUGAAAGUGAGAAUAAAGCAACAACAGCUGAAAAUCCACAAAAGAGCCCAAUAUUUUUAGAAAGUGGACAACAGGAAGUGAGCCACUGCAGUGCUGAAAACCCUCAAGACAAGGGUCAGACAGAGACUGACACAGCAGAAAAUGACCACACUCAGGAGCUGCUGGGGCAAUCUGAGGCCAGCAGCUUAGGCCUGGAUGACAACAGUGAUGAAAACCUGGAAAAGACUGAUGUGCUGGAGGUCAGAAUGGAAGUUAAAACUGAGAACAGAACAAGGGCAGACCCUGAUCAUCAGAUGGAGGUGGGACAGUGUAAGACAAAUGAUGGAGAAGUCAAUGAGUUUCCCAGAAUAGAUACUAAAGAAUGGAAAAGCAGAGAAGCCAGAGAGGCACAGGAAGUGCCACCUGUGGACAGUGAUGUUAAGAAUAAAUCUGCAGAGAACACAGAGGGAGGAAGGGGUGCUACACCAACAUUGUUCCUGGUGUGUGGGGCUAAUGGGUCGGGGAUUAGAGCUGCCCGUCUCAGUAGCAGCCAGCAGCAGCAUGACAAUGCACAAACUACUAAUGGAAGCACCAGAGGGAGUAGCUCGAGCUUGGCACUGGCCCCAACAAGAACUGUUGCUCUUGGACUAAAGUCUUCAGUACAGGAAUUGACCUCAACUGCUUCACCAAUUGUAGUACCGAAGAAAGAGUUAGAAAAUAGAAACCUAAAAAGUUCUCCAAGUCAUCAUUGCCUGAAACUUUCCUUCUCUCUAAAGAGGAAACAUGAAGCAUUUCAGCACCAAACUCCUAAUCCUGCUGCCAAAAUCAGCCUAACCAGACACCCUCCAAAAUGGGAGCCUCCACGUUCCUCACAACAGAAGCCAAGGGAAGGGAGGGUUAGUGAGUGGAAGAGUGCCAGAGAACUACGGGGGACAGCAAGUCCUUCACAUGAAACAAGACUGUUGUCUGGGGCACGUAGAGAACUAGAUGCCUCAAAGCAAACUCAGCAAAACUGGCAAAGUAAAAUAGAAGAACUAUCAAGGGAAUCACCAGGGAAGGCUUCCAAAAACACCCCAUUUUGCAAGCCAUGCAAACUCAAGUGGGCCACAUGUGAGACCAAACAUGUCACAAGUGGGCCCAAAAGCUUCAGUGAGGCAGUUAAUACUAGUGAGCCCCCGACCCAUUCCAGAGCUGGCUGUCUGACUGCAAGCUUGACAUCUGACUCUAGAGUAAAGGAUGCUGGAAAGCUGAACCCAGAUGAGAAGGUGCAGAUGUUUGAGAUGGCUGUGCAGGCCAAGGUGGUGGUGCUAACGAUGGUGUACCAAGAUGGAAGCACUCAGUUAGACCCAGAACAGAAGCUCACUCCACCAGUGUGUGGCCUCCUCAUACUGAUGAAGAAUGAACCCAAUUGCAGCAUGCUGGAGGGUUCGCUCGGCCCAAACGACACUCUGGUCUACUUAAAACUAGAACACACACCUGCAUGGGCCCAGCAACAAGUGCACCAGAGCCAUGAGCUCUUUACUAGAGAUAUGCUGCUACAGUUACUAUCAAGAUCUCAACUGGUGGUGUGCUAUAAAGCCAAGGAUUUGCUUCGUACAGUUCUGCAGUUUUACAGACGAGACCUCAGCUGGAAACAAGUGGCAGGCUGUCAUAUCCAGGACCCACAGGUAUCAGGGUGGCUGCUGGAUCCCACAGAUCCCUCCUCUUGCUACCAGGACCUUCUUAAUAAACACUGCAAAAGACCCCAUUUAACACCUGCCCUGGGUGCCCAGAAGGUUUCUCAGGUAAUCUCAGGUCUCUAUUGGCUCUACAGGCUUAAUAUGAAGCUAUGCUCUGAACUACACAGCCAAGGGCUGUGGCAGCUCUACUCAGAUAUGGAGUUGAACAUGAUCCCUGUUCUGGCAGCCAUGGAGAGCCACCGCAUCCAUGUGGAUAAAGAGGCACUUAGGAGAACAUCAGACUUGCUGGGGACUAAAAUGAAACAGUUGGAGCAGGAAGCACAUCGAGCAGCUGGACAAAUAUUCCUGUUGACCAGCAACACUCAGCUACGAACAGUUCUGUUUGAGAAACUGCGUCUUCAUGAGCGCUGCGAAAACAAGAAGCUUCCCAAGACCACUGGCAAACAACAGCAGUCAACAUCUGAAGCUGCGUUGUUACAGCUUCAGGACCUGCACCCUCUGCCAAAGAUAAUCCUGGAGUACAGACAGGUUCACAAAAUCAAGUCCACUUUUGUUGAUGGGAUUUUGUCGUGCAUGAUGAACAAGAACCACAUUUCCUCCACAUGGCACCAGACCAGUGUUGUGACUGGGAGAAUCUCUGCAAAACACCCAAACUUCCAGGCCCUGCCAAGGCAGCCACUUCAAAUCACCAAGAAGCAGUACAUCCGAGGAAAGGAAGAGGAGGUGGUGACUGUUCAUCCUCGGGCCAUGUUCAUUCCUCAGGAGGGCUGCACUUUUCUUGCUGCAGACUUCUGCCAGGUGGAGCUGCGUCUGUUGGCUCACCUCUCCUCUGACCCCGAGCUGCUCCGCAUUUUUACCAAUCCACAGGCCGACGUCUUUACCAUGCUGGCCUCUCAGUGGAAGGGGAUGAGUGAGAAUGAGGUGACUUCUGAGGACAGGGAGCAUGCCAAACGCAUUGUGUACUCUGUUAUUUAUGGGGCAGGCCGUGAGCGUCUGUCAGGGAUCUUGGGCGUGAGCAGUGAGCAGGCCAGCCGAUUCCAGGACCGCUUCCUCCAGACCUAUAGAGACGUCCAGGCCUUCAUCCAGAAAACCAUCCAGCAGAGCCACAAAAAAGGUUAUGUGCUAUCUAUUAUGGGUCGCAGACGGACCCUCCCCAACAUCAACUCCCCAGACUGGGGCGUCCGCAUGCAAGCUGAGAGGCAAGCUGUCAACUUUGUGGUCCAGGGCUCUGCUGCUGAUCUCUGUAAGAUGGCCAUGAUCAGAAUCUUCAACCUGGUCUCCUCCUCCAGCUCACUCUCUGCCAGGCUGGUAGCCCAGCUUCAUGAUGAGCUCCUGUAUGAAGUGGAGGACUCCCAGGUGCAGCAGUUUGCAGCUCUGGUGAGAAGUGCCAUGGAGUCCCUACAGCACAUAGACCAUCUAGGAGUCCAUCUUAAAGUGCCCCUGAAGGUGGCAGUCUCCAGUGGCAAGUCUUGGGGAUCCAUGUCUGAGCUUACCGUCCCUCUGAUUCCCGCUCCUUGAGUCUGUCCGCCUCGCUCCCUUCACCACCUCUACCACCGCGCCUCUGUGUUGGAUCUACUUCUUCUCCCUCUUGAUGAGUUCUCACUCGUCAGCCUCUGAGCUUCUUUCUUCCUCUCGUAGUCUCUCUUCAUCUUUCUCCCUUCACUUGUCCUGCAUCCUCAUCACUAUGGAAACCAGCCAGCUGAAGCUCCCACUUGCUUUCACUCCAUCCGUAUCCGGGGGCAACGGCAGGAGCCUCAGACUGGAUUGCACCAGUUUGGUGUUUUUUUUUCCCUCUCUCUCUCUCUCCAUCAUCCAGAAAAAGAUUCCUCCUCCUCCUCUCCUCCUCCGUUUUCUCACUAUCUUGUUAGAUGUUUUUUCUGCCUUGUUGCCAAGGUGAAGCUUCAUGUUCAAGAGAGGGCGUGAUAUUUAUUGGUUCAUCAAAUUGUUUCAUGGUAGAAGUAGUUAACCUUCUUUAUCUCUAUAUGGUGUUUUACAGAAAAAGUUUCCUUGUAUGUACCGUUUUUAUGCUUU